GCGUGCUCCAGAUCCGUACUGCGGUGCCCGAGCCCCUACCACCAUGACUGGCGCGCUGUGGAUUACUUUCAGUGGAUUUUAACGGGGAAGAAAAAGAAGUGGGACCAUGGCAGAGAGGUUGGAGUGGGUGGAGAUUAUUGAGCCUCGCACACGGGAGCGGAUGUACGCCAACCUGCUGACGGGGGAGUGUGUUUGGGACGCACCUGCGGGCGUGAGGAUUAAGCGUAGUGGCCAGGACCAGUGGUGGGAGCUGUUUGACUCCAACACAUCACGCUUCUAUUACUACAAUGCCUCCACCCAACGAACUGUGUGGCACCGCCCGCACGGCUGUGACAUCAUCCCCCUUGCCAAGCUCCAGACUCUCAAGCAGAACACGGAUUCGCCACCGCCCGUCACCACAACAAUCAGUGCCUCGGCUGACAGCAGCCCGGCCCGCAGCGCUGUCAGCACCACAUCAUCACAAGAGCAGGAAGACAAAACAGCACCCAGGGAGGAAGGAGAGAGAUUUAGGUGGGGGACUGGCAGCAAGGACAGAAUGCUGAUAAAAGUAUCAGACAGGGAGCCCAGUUUUCUGUCACAGGGGAAUGGUUAUUCUGGCUCCUCCCCUCGCUCCCGACGCUCAUCUAGCAAUGCACCCUCUGACCCAGAAGUCACUCCACAUUCUCUACCUGACCGCCGCCAAUCACAGUCCCCCUUCUUGAAGAGGGCAGAGCUUGGUGGCACUCAGCGGCGCUGCUCUGGCGACUCACAGCCUCCUUCCCCACGCUACGCUUACGAACCUCCACUCUAUGAGGAACCACCCUCAGAGUACCAGUCUCCGCCUAUUUAUGAAGAACCACCUACUGAUAUGCAUUGUGACCCCAGCUUCUAUAGUUCUGACAGGUCGCCAGCACGUAAGCCUGGUUUUUAUCACUCGCCUAAACAAAGCCCUUCCCCUUAUGGUCAGCUGGUGUUGACCAGACAGAGAGGCUCCACCCCUGAGAAGACACCCAAUCAAGGAGACCGUGAUUACAGCUCAAGUGGCCGUGACUAUAGUUCUGCAGGGCGGGACUAUAGCUCUGGCGGACGGGACUACAGCUCUGGUGGAAGAGACUACAGCUGUGGUGGGCGAGAUUAUAACUCCAGUGGGCGGGAGUACAGUGCAGCAGGACGAGAAUAUGUAAAGCAGCUGGUUUAUGUGGAGCAAUCAGGCUCUUCUCCUAGGUUUCGGACAACAGAGCGACUUUUAAGCUAUGGCACAACUGGAACUGGGGGUGUGUGUGCUGGAAUGUCUUUCGGGGGCUCCUUUACACUACAGCACAGUCAUGAUGGUGGUGGUGGCAAUCGAAAACGUAAAAAUCGCAAGCCGUCCUUGCCUGGUGGGGAGGGUGAAUGCAUGGGGGCAGGUGUAGGAGUGAUGCUCACUCAAGCACGACUGGCCUGGGAGGCCCAGCAACUCAUACAGCAGCGUGGAGGUGUGGCCUCAGGGGGCGGGAGCAAGGACGGUUACGAGAGCGAUGGAGCAACACCCCUGCCACUGCCAGGGCCAGUGGUGCGGGCAUUCAGUGAGGAUGAAGCCUUGGCACAGCAGGAUGGGCACUGGAAACGUGCCACGCUGGACAGACUCGCAUUUCCUCAGACACUCUUAGAGAAGAGCCUGUCUGUACAAACCAAUCUAGCAUCACCCGAACCUUACCUGCAUCCCUCACAGUCGGAAGAUCUCGGAGCAUGCUCACAGUUUGAGGCAAGUCGGAAUGCCCGCAACAUGAUGCCCAGCGCCAGCUGUGGUGUGUUUCCAGAAUUCUCUCUGCGAAAGCCCUCAUCUGAGACCGACAUUGAGAACUGGGCAUCCAAGCACUUCAACAAACACACACAGGGUCUCUUCAGAAGGAAGGUGUCAAUUGCUAACAUGCUGUCCUGGAGCAGCGAGCCCAUCAAGAAGCCCAUGAUUGUAACCUCCGACCGUACAGUUAAGCGUGAGGCUGUGGAGCUCUUCAAACUCAUACAGACAUACAUGGGUGACCGACGGGGAAAAGGUGAGCCUUUAGCCGUGGCACUGGAGGUGGCUGUCCGGGGCUGGAGUAACCAGGGCCUACGAGAUGAGCUCUACAUCCAGCUAUGCCGGCAGACCACAGAGAACUUUCGCUAUGACAGUCUGCAGAGGGGCUGGGAGCUGAUGGCCAUCUGCCUGGCCUUCUUUCCUCCAACACCCCGGUUCCAUAACUACCUAGAAGGAUACAUCUACAGACACAUGGACCCUCUCAAUGACACCAAAGGAGUGGCCAUCAGCAGCUAUGCGAAGUACUGCUAUCGCAAAUUACAGAAAGCUGCGCUGACUGGAGCUAAAAAGGGCUUGAAAAAGCCUUGUCUUGAAGAGAUAGCUUAUGCUCGGAAUGCCAUCUUUAGCCCCUCUAUGUUUGGCUCUUCACUGGAGGAAGUGAUGGCAAUGCAGAAGGAGCGUUACCCCGACCAGCAGUUGCCAUGGGUACAGACCCGUCUCUCGGAAGAAGUGCUGGGUUUGAAUGGAGACCAAACUGAGGGCAUCUUCAGGGUGCCUGGAGAUAUAGAUGAAGUUAAUGCGCUGAAGUUGCAAGUGGACCAGUGGAAGGUGCCGACAGGCUUGGAGGACCCACAUGUCCCGGCAUCUCUGUUAAAGCUGUGGUACAGGGAGCUGGAGGAACCAGUGAUUCCUCAUGAGUAUUAUGAAGAGUGCAUCUCUAACUAUGACAGUCCUGAAGCUGCCGCCAGUGUCAUUCAUAACCUUCCUCACAUCAACAAACUGGUGCUCUGCUACCUCAUCCGUUUCCUACAGGUGUUUGCUCAGCCUGCAAAUGUGGCGGUCACUAAAAUGGACGUGAGUAACCUGGCGAUGGUUAUGGCCCCAAAUUGCCUGCGCUGCCUGUCCGAUGACCCACGCAUCAUCUUCGAGAACACACGCAAAGAGAUGAGCUUCAUCCGGGUCCUCAUUCAGCACCUCGAUACAAGCUUCAUGGAUGGAGUUCUAUAGCCCAUAUCACACACACACACACACACACGGAAACACACACAUCCAUGCUCACAUAUACUCAAAACGCACAUCUAUAUACAAAUACUCCUGCCAUGCACACAUAUACUAUAUACAUAAAUAAAACAAAAAAUGUGAAACAAUUAUGGACAAGCAAAACUCUUAGUCAACUGUAGAACAGUAGUCAACUGUAGAACAGUUUGAAUUGGUAUGACCCCUGAUUUACUACACUGACACACACUCACAAAAAGCACAACUUUAAACUCUCUCACAUGCGAACACUCAGAUACACAUUUACAGGACUGCACAUGCAUUCCUUUUCUGCCCCUUUAUGAUUUCUGAAUGUGUUUGAAUGGAGCUGUCUGUCCACGUAAUAGCAGUGACUUUCUGUGUGUUUCUGUGUGUAUGUGUGUGUGCUGAAAGGUGCAUGUGUGCAGUUCUGUCUGUUAAUGUUUUUUAACUUGACUGACCUAUAUAACAGUCUACUUGAUUUUAUAUGAUUAAUUUAUUUUUUAUUUAUUUUAACAUGUGUUUAUAACUGCUGCUUUUUUGAGACACAUUGUCAGCCUCAUUUCCAGUAUGGGUGUGUAUGUGUGUGUUUUUGUAUGAGUGUGUUAAUCUGUAUGCAUUUGUGUAUGUACAGUAUGUUUCACCUAAUUGAUCCAUGCUUUGUCUACAAAUGUUAUUUCUUAGCAACUGUUGCAAGGUCAAUGUUUAUAGAACAGUGGCAAAAAUGAAUUUAGGUUGGAUUUCACAUUCACAAAAUAACGUUGAGACAACAUUCUAGAAUGGUGUGACUGAGAAGAACAUUCUAAAAAGGGGUAAAGGGGGAGGAUUAACUUUCACGUAUAGUGUGAAUAGGAGAGAACAUUCUAGAACAAUAAAAUGUGAAAGUAAAAAAUGACGUUUUAGAUGUGCCCAGAAUGAGAAAUGGAGCCACAGCCAAAUGUAAGAGAAAAUUAUGGAGAAAGAAUAAAUCUCAAGGCACAUUACAUCACAAAAAAAAAUGUAAAUAAACAGUCACUGCCUAUUGUUUAUCAUUAUAUUCACCAUCAGCCUAGUAAAGUGGGCUCCUUCAAAUGCCAUCCAAAAAGACAGAAAUCACAUUUCAUUUUCCUCUUCCUUCUAAUUAGGUCAUCACCAAAAUGCUAUAAAUUACAGUAGUUUUGUUUUAAACUUAAACCAACUCCAUUUUGGUGGUUAGCCUUGUUUCCUGGUAGCCAGUAAAAGAGGUGUAGUUGCCAAUUACCAGGAUUUGGUAUUACAUUACGGUGAGGUUGAUUUAAACAGGACUCCUGUUACUGAGGGAGCACUGAAUCAUUGAAUUAUUACUUAGCAAACUUGUAAAAACUGCAGACAUUUCAGGUUUGCACUUGUUUAAAGUCAAGUCAUCUUGUAGGUGACUACUCAAACUAUAGCACCUCCUCUAGGUAAAACAAAUCCAGCCUGAAUAUGGCAUUAAUUUCUGUAUUUUGAGCAAAAGUUAAAUUGUCACAUUCAGUUGAAUGGUGUUUUUGCUAGUGUGCUGUAAAGCUUGUCUAACAUUGCAGCAGUUGCUAUGAAAUAAUGCAGUUUUGGAUGGAGCAUAGACAUUUGUUCUCACUUGCUUUUGAUUGUUUUAACAUACCACUUUGUGUGACACACUGUAUGGUUAUGAUGGAACGCCACCUUACCCCACCCCACAUAACCCAACCCCCACCAACCCAAAAUCUCAACUACACACACAUCUGAACCAGUCUCACACAUGCAUAGGACCCUACAGACACACUCUCUCUCUCAUACACACACACACUGGUUGGACUCGGUGCUUAUAAUAACAACACACACUGCCAUACACACAAAAACGGAUACACAGUGUCCUCACUUCCCCUCAGGAGAAGCAAAAAAGAGAGAAAGAAUGGAAUAGUCUGAAAGAGAGAGAGAGAGAAAGAAAGAGACAGAUGGAGGGAGAGAGAGAGAGAGAUCAAGGCAGACAAAUAAAAUAAAUGAUAUAAGUUUGGUUUUUUUCACUCUUCUGCACAUUGAAAUUUCCACCAUUUUCACUUCCUCAUACCUAUAAAAUAUGGCAAAAAAUAAGAAUAAAAAAUUAUUUAAAAAAACAAUAAAAAUAAAAAAUAAAAAAAUAUAUAAAACAUAUAAAGGAAGUAAACAAAAAGUAAUGUCGCAAAAUAGAGGCAUAUUGCAAUAUUUGACAGGAAGUGAGCCUGAGUACGGUUCUCAUUUUAAUAACACAAAACUCAACCAUUAGCAGAAACCUAUAGGGUAAAUAAAAGAUCAAAGAUUAAAACAAUAUGAAGAAGACAAUUAUAGUGUGUCUCUAAUUAAAACCAACCAGUGAAAAGUAUCUGAGGGUGAGAGCUGAGAAAUGAAAAGAUAAAAGGCUCCUGAGCAAAUCACUGUGACCAGCAUCCUCAGAGCAGAACCCACCACACACGUACUGACUCACACACACUCACACACACAUACUGUGAGCACUCACAGCUCAACCGACAUACACAAACACAGGAUAGGCAGGUGUGUGCAGAAAGUGGGAAACUUUCUGCUUGGAUGCUCGUCUUCUCAUGCUCCUGUCUCAGAUGUUUAUGGUUUUAUUCUGUUAAUGGAGUCAUGCUGAUAAACCCCCUCUCCCUCCUUUUGUUCUGAGGUGUAAUGGUGAUUCUAUAAGGUGGGUUACGGUCUAACUGAACAUUGUUUAAUAAACAAUUCAAAGAAGA